AUGCCGAGACGUGGUGCAGGACGGCCAUUCAAGAGGCCGUUGGAAUCUCUGGUGACAGAGUCACCAGAGAGGUCUGCUGGGAUUGAACCUUUACCCACACCUACAGUAUCCACUGUACCACUAGCAGUACCAUCUGCGACAUACUCUGCCCCUCCACCAGCAGUGCUUGCUACUACGUACCCAGUACCACCGCCACCUGUGCCUGCUACAACAUAUCCGGCACCAGCAGCACCAGUUACACCUAUGCCUACUGCAUACUCGGCACCUGCACCAGCAGUACCAGUUGCUCCUUAUCCGGUACCACCACCUGCCGUACCUCCAGCCGCUCCUGCAUAUAUUAACCCUGCAGUGCCACCAGCGGUACCUAUCCCGGCUUAUGCAGCAGCACCAGGGGUACCUCCCCCGGCCUAUCCAGUGGUACCACUUGUUAUACCAGCUCUAGUGGUUCCAUCAGUUCCCACGGCGAUCCCUACUCACCCUACUGAUAUGGUUACGGCACGAGCUCAGAUCCUAGUUUUGGCAGAGUCGAUGAAGAGUAGAUUCACACUAUUCCGCGGGGAGACUGGUCUGAGCGUAGCUCAGUCUUGGAUAGAGAGUUUGGAGCGAACUGUUUUCUAUAUGUCUUGCUUCGAGUGGGAGAAGGCAGAGCUGGCUGCUUAUCAUUUACAGGAUGAGGCCGACAUCUGGUGGGAUACGCAUCACUCGAUUAUAGGCGAGCAGCACAUUAUUUGGACGAAAUUUAGAGAGGCUUUUGAGAGCCAGUACUUUCCAUGGUCAUAUUAG